AUGGGGACGCCGCGCGAAAGGUACAUACUGGGGCGGGAGGUGGAGCUUGCCCAGCUGAUUGGGUCCGGCGCGAACGGGCGCGUGUAUCUUGCCGCCCCUGUGGAUCAGUCGGCCGUGACGAACCAGUUUCGGUACCCGUCGCGGUUUGUGGUGAAGGUGAUGCAGAAAGACGUGUGCCCCCCUGGCUAUGCCGCGACGGUUCUGAAGGAGAUCAAUGCGGUCCGGUUGCUGAAGCACCCGUUCAUUGUGAGCUACGUGGGCGCCUGGGUGGAGGUGGGCUCCGGGGAGCACAGCGGGAGUGUGUGUCUUGCCAUGACGUAUUGCGACGGUGGCGACCUGCACGACUUGAUUUGCGAUUACCAGAGGAAGGGCGAGUACGUGCCAAAGGACAUGGUGAUGAUGAUCAUGCUACAGAUCUUCUCGGCACUGAACCACAGCCACGCGCACCGCAUCAUUCACCGCGACGUCAAGCCGGCGAACCUUUUUCUUGUGCGUGGCGAGACUAACGGCGGCGGCGUGGCCAAGGCCCUAGUGGGCGACUACGGGCUGGCGCGCCCGCUGGAGCGUACGGUGGAGCUGGCCAAGACACGCGUCGGCACGCCGUGCUACUGUUCGCCGGAGAUUGUGUCUGGUGAGGGGUACACCACCAAGGCGGACAUGUUCUCCGCGGGUGUGACGUUUUUUGAGCUCAUGACGCAGCAGCGGCCGUUCUGGGAGAAGAACUUCACGGAGCGCCAGUCGUUCCACGCGAUACUGCACUCCGACCCAAUGCCGCGACUGCGCCGCGUGGCGGAGGGCCGCUACGACAGCUGUCUUGUGCGCGUGGUGGGGUCGUGCCUUUGCAAGGAGGAGAAGGGGCGCCCGACGGCGUACGAGGUGCUGACUGGCUUCUCCACGCGCCUCACGAGCUACGUGCGGACGAAGGGCAUCCCUGUCUGCGGCGAGGUGGCGAGGGUGUCGCCAAUGCGGGGCGAGGGCAACUCCCCACCACGUCGCAUCUCGCCGGUUCGCCGGACGCCGUCGCGCCCGCACACACCAUCGCGCCCGCACACACCGUCGCGCCCGCGGAAGGGAACGCCGGAGAGGAAUGUCGUGCCGCGUGCCGCGCCCGUUGUGCCCGCUGCCGCGGAAGAGGUUGCUGCGCCAGAGCCCAAUGGGGUGGCGGCGGAGCAGCUGCUGCACGUGCUGGACCGUGGCAUCGGCGACAGGGCAGAGACCGAGAACCUAAAGCGGCUGCUUGGUGGCGACGUUGAGGCCGUCCUGCUUGUGCGGGUGCUUUUGCUGACGCGUGGCAACAACAGAGACGCACUUGAAAAUGGCAUCUUCAAAGUGCUGCUGUCGUUGAAGCCAAGCAUUCCUGUGGAGCAGGUCAUCCUGUGGAUGUCGUUGCGCGGCAGCGGUGUGUAG